AUGGGAGGCGGUGACCCCAGGGGCCCCGACACUGUCGGUGGCGCCUUCAGGGGCCUCCCAAAAGCGACAGCACCCCUAGGGGCUCGUCUUAUGGACAGCAUCGCCCCCAGAGCCCCUCUCAAGGGCGGUGGCGCCCCCAGGGGACCUCCCAGGGGCGGCAGUGCCCUAGGGGUCCUCCCAGGAGCCCACCCACGGGCGUCGGCGCCAACAGGGGCCCUCCGAGGAGCAGCAGGGGCCCUCCAAGAGAGGUGGCGCUCCCAAGGGCCCUCCCAUGGGCGGUGGCGUGGCCCUGUCAAAGGCGGUGGCGCACCCAGGGGCCCUUCCAGGGGCGAUGGCACCCACAUGGGCCCUCCGAGAAACGGCGGCGACCCCAGGGGCUCUCCUUAG